GCUGCUCCGCGCCGUUGACUUGUUGCCGUACCUAUACCGUAUGUACAACUGAAGUGUCUUGCUCUCGUCGUGUCUGGUUUACUCAGGUACCGAGAGGCCGCCAUCAGGUCAGAAAGUCUAAGUAUGUUGUACAGAGCUCAGCUUGCACCCGUUCUGCUACUGCUCAUCACCCCAUGUGCGAGCUUCUUAGGCGUUGGGCCUAACAGGAUCGGCUUGUGCUCGGUGGGAUACUCAAGGGGUGGCUCGCGAGUUGGUACAUCACGCGUAUUGCCGUGUGAAUUGGCUAGAGCAGGGAAAGCACGGAACGGUUUUACGAUGAGCACCAGGGAGAGACACAGAGGAUCCUCGGUGAAUCCACUUGCAAUGUCAGCAUCGGAGCUCGAGGACUUGCAGCGUCAAUCCGGGCUUGUCGGAGAAGACGCUGCCGUGUUUUCUUUCGAAGAACAGAGCCUGAAGAGCUGGGGUGCAUUUCUGGCUGUGCUUGGUACAGUGCUGACUGCCCUGUACUAUUUGUGGCUCAAGCCCGAGACUGGAUAUGGGGACGAUUUCGUUCGAUUUCUGGAGGGAUUGUCUGGAGGAGACUCAACAAUCACAGUAACUCUCAUACUCGGUGUUUUCGCCGUCGCUCACAGUGGCUUGGCGAGCCUCCGGCCUAAGGGGGAGGAGCUGAUUGGCGCACGCGCGUGGCGGGUACUUUUUGGAGUGGUAUCUCUUCCUCUGGCGGUGACGGCGGUGGCGUACUUCAUAAACCAUCGCUACGACGGGGUGCAGCUGUGGAACAUUAAGAUGGUCCCUGGAGUUCACGACGCCUGCUGGAUCACCUCCUUUAUUUCGUUCGUGUUCCUCUACCCUAGCACCUUCAAUCUUCUCGAGGUUGCGGCUGUGGACAAACCUCAACUCCACCUUUGGGAAACGGGGGUGACGCGCAUCACAAGACACCCGCAGACGUUCGGGCAGGCUCUGUGGUGCGCAGCACACCUAGCGUGGGUGGGGACGUCCUUCACAGCAGUAACCUCAGCUGGGCUCAUGGCUCACCACUUAUUUUCAUUGUGGAAUGGAGAUCGUCGCCUCAAGGAAAAGUAUGGCGACGAUUUUGAAGCCGUGCGAGAACGCACCAGCGCAGUUCCGUUUCAGGCUAUUUUUGAGGGUCGACAACAACUUCCGAGCGAUUAUUGGAAGGAGUUCGCACGAGGACCGUACUUCAUCAUUGCCGGUGAGGGCGCGCACGGUGUACUGCUGCGUUUUCAUGUUUCAUUCGGCUGCUUAUACUGUGGUGUUUUUUUUUGCGUGCGAACCUGGAUCGGAAAUACCUCAUCCGCAGGCAACCGCGCCUGUGAACUAAUGCUGAUUUCCCCGUGCCCAUGACGUUUUGCAACGUGCAGGUGGCACUGUCGCUGCCUACUUCGCGCAUCCAUUCAUGCAGGCGGGGAGCUACUAUUUGCACAUAUAGGGCGAAAGUUACGGGCUUGAAAGAGAAGAUCUGGGUAGGAUAAAUCUCCAACGAGAUCAAUUCAGCAUUUUUUCACGAAGCAUGGAGUGCGAUGUGCCGAAACGCAUGUUAAACUUGCGUUGUGCUUGUGUCCUUUCCCACCAAGAGUAGAGUUCGACUCAACAUUGACUAGCGGCCCGCCUUGAUUCUCUGAUGAAAUAUUUACUAUCUUGGUGGACAAAUACCCUCAAUUCGUUGUCCCUCUGUUGC